AUGGACUCAAACAUCUUCGAAUCCGACUCUUCUUUGAUGCCAGCGAGCAGUACUAGCAAACUUGUCAGAUCGGAUGGUCCGUAUGAUUGCAAAGUUUGUGGCGCUCCCUCGAGCGGAGAGUUGUUUGGGGUGCAGUCUUGUAGAGCUUGUAAGUCACCAAUUAUAAUAUAAACUUUGCUCGGAAAUCAAACUUUGAGCCUUGCUAGUGCACGGCUCAAAGUUUGAUGAUUUUGAAAGAACAAAUGAGAUUGCUAUCUUUGUAAGCCAUGUUAAGCAGUUUCAGCUUUAAAGGGGGGGGGGGGGUUAAAAUUUUUAAAGAGAAAGCCAAAGGGUAAAAAAAUUCUAAUUUUUCAGGUGGUGCGUUUUUUCGCCGAACGGUUGCAGAGAAAAAGAAGUACAAAUGUAUGCAUGAAAAGCGGAGGGAAAUUACGUCAGGUAGGAUUGGCUCGAGAUAGCUGAACGAUGACAAAUGUUUCGUAACAUCGCCCACUCGUUGACGAAAUCUCAAUAUUUCAGAGAUUCGAAACUUUUGCCGGAAAUGCCGAUUUGAGAAAUGUUUGGAAGCCGGCAUGAAAGAGGAAAGUAAGCAUAUUGAUAACUAUAGCUGUCUUUUUUUACGUUUCCUAUCAAUAUUUUUGCUUCCAGAAGUCCAACUGGUCCGCGACAGAAACCGAAAUAUCAUAAGCUCUAUUGCGGCGCCAAAAAGAACGCGGCCGAAUCCCCCAAAUCGCCCUAUUUUGGACCGUCUAAUGGAGGGGUACAAGAUGUAUGUCACCGCUCACAAAUCCAUAUUCGCUGCGAUGUUUCCAGAGCUCACUUUUUCGGAUGCCGUCCCAAUGGUUGAGAUUCCCAUCUACGAAAAAAUCAAGUUGGAUAAAGCCCUAUUGCCGAACAUUUACGUGAUGCUCAGGGACUUUUUCUGGCCGUAUAUGCGGAUGGAGAGCGAGGAUAAGGUGAGCUUCAUUUUUCAAAGUUUUUAUCAGUCUGUCGGGAAAAUAGUUAGCGCAAUUUCGUUGCGCCAAUCGCGUCGCUGAAUUGAAAAUCAAUUUGGUUUUGUCGCGAUACAAUUUUUUUUGGCGAUGCGAUUUUUGAUGCGACAGAGCGUUAACUAUUUUUUCGACAGGCUAAUAAUGCAGUAUUCUUUUAGAAAGACCUAACCAUGAUCUUCAUGCAACGCUUUAUUCAAAUGGACCGCGCCUACCUCACCUCGGUCCAUUUCCCGGAGGAAGCGGACGAUCGCCUCGCCAACUCUCACAAUCAUUUCAUUCGCUAUAAAAACAUCAAAUUUUCGGAUAGAGAAGACGACGUAGACAUCAGAGAGUAAGUCAGUUGCCAAUGUUUUCGGAGAAAAUGCUAUGAUCCUGGCCACUAAAAAAUUUACAGGGCGGGCCCACACUUGCGGGCAACCACUUUGCGGGCAGCUUGAAAAACCGCGGAGAUUCUGCGGGCAUGUUAUGAAAUUAGCCUAAAUUUGCUUACAACUGGAAAUUCAAACGAUGGGCUUGACGAUUAGAUGUUGCGGAUUAAGUUUCCCGGUGUACAAGUGGCUUGAAUAGUUAUCAUAAGCUUAUCCAGGCAUUUUUUACCAUUUUUGGAAAACAAACUUCCAUAGCAUUGAAAGGAGUGGAUGAAUUUAAUAGAUUUGUGUACUUAUCAGUACCAGGGAGUUGUCAAUGUAAAAUUUCUAUCGUACUACGUAUAUUACGGGAAGGAAUCGUAAUUCUAAUCAAAAAAAUGUUGGCUACCCGCAAAGUGGUUGCCCGCAAGUGUCGCGACGCAGACUGUUGGACUUUAUGUGACAGUCGGCAUUUUUAGGGCUUUUACACCCUAUGGAAAACGACUAAAACGAAUGUCACAAAAAAUGAAGAGACUUCGGCUGGAUGUAACUGAAAUGAUUGGUGUGCUAGGAGUAAUCAACAACGAUGAAGGCAAGCGCAGUUUUUUGCAAAUGGUUAGAUAACCAAAUAUUUCAGUUUACAACCGAACCGACUGCGAGAAAGCCCUAGAAGAGAGAGAUCAGCUGCUCAAAGAGCUACAUAAUUACUGUCAGAAGAAGACAUUGCCCGAUGCGGAUAUUCGAUUUGGCCAAAUGUUCCUACUAAAUCGAGAUGUGGAAUUGGCGGCGUUAACGUUUACGGAAUGCGUUUAUCUCGGAAUUGUGACAGAUGAUGGUUACAAGGGGAAAAUUGAUCAACUUCGAGAUCUGAUGGGGAGAAUGUAA